CAAUGUUGAUACAAAGGAAAACAUGAAAGUAAAGGUGUUUGUUGUCACCUGAAAGGGGGAGGAGCCUAAGGUGCUUCAAGAUGCUUAAAGUUACCUGGAAGGGGGCGGAGCCUCAGGUAUGGAUCAGGAUCAGGACUAACCAGUUCAGACUCCAUUUAGCAGCAGAGCAGAGUCUGGAUCAGAAGUUCAGAAGAUGGAAGAUCUGGAUCUGAAAAAAGACAGAGCAGAACCUCCAGGAUCCAUCUGUCCGUCCAUGAGGAGUGACCGGUCCAAAGAUCAUCCUCCAGUCUUCAGUACCGAACCUGGACCAUCAGACUCAGAAGGGCAGAACCACAGAUGGAGAGCAGAACCUCCAGGAUCCAGCUGUCCGUCCAUGAGGAGUGAUGUGUACAAAAGAAAACCUCCAGAAUUCAGUGCUGAACCUGGACCAUCAGAACCAGAAAGAAGAAAAAAGAGCAGCUUUGGUGAGGAGGAGCAUCCAUCCUGCUGUGCUUUGGGUCAGAAUGUUCUGAUGGAUCCGGUCUGUACCAGCUGCCCCCAGUGUGGGAAACGACCCAGAACAGGAUCUGGACGGCUGACAGCCAAUCAGAGCAGCUGUGCUCCAGAUAUUGUUGGUCAGUAUCAGCCUGACCUUAAAGCGUCUCUGAAGAUGAAGUUCCAGAGUCUCUCUGAAGGCGUUGCUGAACCUGGAAAUCAAACCGAUCUGAACCAGAUCUACACAGAGCUCCACAUCACAGAGGGGUUAACUAGAGAGGUCAACCAGGAACAUGAGGUCAGACACAUUGAAACAGCAUCCAGGAAACAAGAAACAAUCAGAAGAGAAGACAUCUUUAAAGUCCCACCUGGAAGAGAUCAACCAAUCAGAACAGUGAUGACCAUGGGAGUGGCUGGCAUUGGGAAAACACUGUUAACACAGAAGUUCACUCUGGACUGGGCUGAAGGCAAAACCAACCAGAACAUUGAUUUCAUAUUUCCAUUCACUUUCAGAGAGCUGAAUAUGUUGAAAGAAGAAAAGUUCAGCUUAUUAGGACUGAUUCAUAAAUUAUUUUCUAAAACCAAAGAAAUCAGCAGCUUUGAAACGUUCCAGGUUCUGUUCAUCUUUGAUGGUCUGGAUGAAAGUCGAUUUACUCUGGAUUUCAAGAACAAUCCGAUCCUGACUGAUGUUACAGAGUCCAGCUCAGUGGAUGUUCUGGUGACAAACCUCAUCAGGAGGAAACUGCUUCCCUCUGCUCUCCUCUGGAUAACCACACGACCUGCAGCAGCCAAUCAGAUCCCUGCUGAGUGUGUUGACAUGGUAACAGAGGUCAGAGGGUUCACUGACCCCCAGAAGGAGGAGUACUUCAGGAAGAGAUUCAGAGAUGAUGAAGAGAAGGCCAGCAGGAUCAUCUCCCACAUCCAGAAAUCAAAAAGUCUCCACAUCAUGUGUCACAUCCCAGUUUUCUGCUGGAUCACUGCUAAAGUUCUGGAGGAUGUGAUGAAGACCAGAGAGGGAGAAAAACUGCCAAAGACUCUGACUGAGAUGUACAUAGCAUUCCUGGAGGUUAACUUAGCAAUCAAGAAGGAAAAGUAUGAUGGAGGAAAAAAGACAAGAUCAAUCUGGAGUCCAGAGAACAAGAAGCUGAUUGAGUCUCUAGGAAAACUGGCUUUUGAGCAGCUGCUGGAGGGAAACCUGAUCUUCUAUGACAAAGAGCUCAAAAAGUGCGGCAUCAACAUCAAAGAUGCUGCGUUGUUCUCAGGAGUGUUCACUGAAAUGUUUAAAAGAGAGAGAGGGACGUGCGACAUCUCCGUCUACUGCUUUGUUCAUCUGAGCAUCCAGGAGUUUCUGGCUGCAGUCUACAUGCUCCACUGUUUCACCAGCAGGAAGUCAGAGGUGAUCAAGACGUUUCUGGGAGAAAAAUACAGAGAAACAUCUCUAGAUGAGUUCAUGAAGAAAGUCAUGGAGAAAUCCCUCAGCAGUAAAAAUGGCCACCUGGACCUGUUUGUCCGCUUCCUUCAUGGUCUCACUGUGGAGUCCAACCAGAGACUCUUAGAAGAUCUGCUGGGUCAGACAGAGAACAGUCCAGAAACCAUCCAGAGAAUCAUCACCAACCUGAAGAAGAUGAACACUGAUAGAAUCUCUCCUGACAGAAGCAUCAACAUCUUCUACUGUCUGGUGGAGAUGAACGACGUCUCAUUUUAUCAGGAGAUCCAACGGCUGCUGGAUUCAGGGAAGAAGCUCUCAGAGACUGACUGUUCAGCUCUGGCCUUCAUGCUGCAGAUGUCAGAGGUUCUGGAUGAGUUGGACCUGAAGAAGUACAAAACAUCAGCAUCAGGACGACAGAGACUGGUUCCAGCUGUGAGGAACUGCAGAAAGGCUCGACUUGGUGGCUGUAGGCUCCAAAAUGCUGAAUGUGAAGUUUUGGCCUCGGCUCUGAAGUCCAACCCAGAUCUGACUGAACUGGAAAUAAGUCAGAUCUUCAUAAAUAAAAGUGGAGACUCUGAUCUGAAGCCUCUGGUUGAGAUCCUGGAGAGUUCAGUCAGUAAAGUGAAGAAUCUGAGAUUGUUGGGCUGCAGUUUGUCAGAGACCAGCUGGACUUCUCUGUUCUCAGCUCUGAAGUCCAACCCGACCCAUCUGACAAAACUGGACCUGUACAGAACCAACCUGGGAGAUUCUGGAGUGAAGGAGCUCUGUGGUUUUCUACAGACUGAAGGCUGCAGACUGCAGACAUUGAAAUUGUUGAGCUGCAGUUUGUCAAAGAUCAGCUGUGAUUAUUUGGCCUCAACUCUGAAGUCCAAACGCCUCCAACUGACAGAACUGAACCUGAGAGGAAACAACCUGAAGUAUCCAGAUGUUCAGCAGCUGAAGGAUCUUGUAAAGACUCUUCAGUAAGUAAAUGUUUACAGUGAGUCCAGCUGCUGUCAGCAUAUUGAACUAAACCCAGUUAGCAUCAAAGCAAAGAUCCAGUGUUCCCAGUAAAGCUGCAGCUUCUCAGUGGGAGGAGAA